CGCACGCAUCUUAUAGCGCCCGCGGUGCGGCGUUCCACCGCUCUCCCCUGCCCUUCCUCCCCCCGCUCUUCUUUUCAUGAUCGGAAGGCGGCGCUGCGGACGCCUGGUCGGUCGUGGGCGAUCAAUUCUCCCUCUUCUUCCCGCAUCCCCCCUCGUACCAUCGCGUCCUCCUCUUCCCCUUUGCUGAGGGCCACGAAGGCCAUGAUCCCGGGUACGGACUCCGGUGGCGGUUCCGCCGGCGAAGAGGAUCCCUCUCUAGCGAAGCGCGUCGCUGACCGCUACCUGAAGCGCGAGGUGCUCGGCGAGGGCACCUACGGGGUCGUCUUCAAGGCCAUCGACACCAAGACGGGGCAAACAGUUGCAAUAAAGAAGAUUCGACUUGGACAGUACAAAGAAGGUGUAAACUUCACUGCACUUAGGGAAAUUAAAUUGCUUAAAGAGCUUAAGGAUCCAAAUAUUAUUGAGUUGAUUGAUGCUUUCCCUCACAAGGGUAAUUUGCAUCUUGUGUUUGAAUUCAUGGAGAGUGACUUGGAAGCUGUCAUUCGUGAUAGAAAUAUUGUCCUGUCUCUAGCUGACACAAAAUCAUAUCUCCAAAUGACCCUAAAAGGACUUGCAUACUGCCAUAAAAAAUGGGUUGUACACAGGGAUAUGAAACCCAACAACCUACUCAUUGCUUCUGAUGGACAGCUUAAGCUUGCGGACUUUGGUCUGGCACGCAUCUUUGGAAGUCCAGAUCGCAAAUUUACUCACCAGGUUUUUGCCCGUUGGUAUAGAGCACCUGAGCUAUUGUAUGGGGCCAAGCAAUAUGGGGCAGGGGUGGAUGUGUGGGCUGCAGGUUGUAUAUUCGCCGAACUUCUCCUUAGACGACCCUUUCUGCAGGGCUCAAGUGACAUCGAUCAACUGGGAAAGAUUUUUGCGGCUUUCGGGACUCCAAAGCCUUCUCAGUGGCCUGAUAUGGUGUACCUUCCUGAUUAUGUUGAAUACCAAUAUGUUCCUGCACCUCCAUUGCGGACACUUUUUCCAAUGGCUAGUGAUGAUGCCUUGGAUUUAUUAUCAAAGAUGUUCAUUUAUGAUCCGAAGGCAAGAAUAACGGUUCAACAGGCUUUAGAACACAGGUACUUCUCAUCAGUACCUGCACCAACAAAGCCAUCCUUGCUUCCAAGGCCACCUCCAAAGGGAGAAUCACAGAAUCAGAAGCCUUCAGACUUCAAUCCACAGGAAGGGCCUAUCGUUUUGUCUCCGCAAAGGAAGCUAAGGAGGGUCACCCUCGACCACGAUGGAUUGGCGGGAAGCACAUUCCGAUCCGAAAAGGCUGGUGAGAAUGCGAAGGAAGUCAGACAUAUGGAUGGGACUACUAGUCAAAGUGGUAGUAUGCCGAUGUCGAUAGACUUGGGAGCCAUGUUUGGCUCCAUACCACCUCCUAGACCAACUUUGAACAGUGUUGAUAGGUCGCAUCUGAAGAGAAAACUUGAUCUGGAUGCUGAAUUUGAUCACCUGUAGCGACAGCAGACGCGUGUGGUGACUCGAGGAACAGUGUUGUAAGUCAAGUUUGAACUUGUACAGAUAGCAGCAGGACCAACAAUGGCAAUGCAAAAGAUGCAGUUGGAAUGAAGAGCACUGUUAGAUGAUAUGGUUUGGACGGUGAGUGCAGAACGGAAAAAGAAAUCUAGGUUUGCAUUGAGAUGGGUAAUUAAAUCGAUCACGGAGAACAAUAUAGUUGAAGCAACUUGCUGCUUAUUUCGAGCAUGUAAUUUCAUCCAAUCCAAUUUUUUAUCUAUUUUUUCUUUUGACAUCUGAUAAUAGGUCGACAUUGCGGUGCUGUGGUUACAAACUCGUGCUGCCGAGCAUAGUUUUCAUGGUUAAAUUAAUUUGAUUAUUGUUGUGCCGCA